CGCGGGCCGGUCAGUCAGCGUGCCCGAGCGACCACGUUAAGACAUUGAUGGUGCAGGGCGGGAUAAGGGGUAGCGUACCGUGUGUGUAGACUUGUGCACACGCUGUGGACCGCUAAUGUUUAUAAUGUGAGGAGCUGUAUGUUUCCUCCCUACAGCAUAACGGAGCAAAGUGAGAUUUUGAGGAAUAUUACAGAGACAUGGCGUCGCCUCCCUCCGCGCGGGGGAUCUCUCGCCUCCUGCGUGCUCUCCUCCUGCUGUUUUUGCUUCAGGUGGACACGUCCUUGGCCAUGGUAACAAGCUUCAAGGUGACGAGCAAGAUCGAGCACCGCUACGCCAUCACGCAGGUCACCACCAAAAUGCGGAACUUGAGGAGCGAAACGUCGGAGAUGAAGUUCAGGAUGACGCUGCCGAAGAAAGCCUUCAUCUCCUCGUUUACGAUCGAGGUGGACGGCGUGAACCACACCAGCACGAUCGGAGAGCCUCUUCCCGAGCCCAGUUUUAACCAGCGUCUUGAGAGGUCCAUUUUCCUCGUGCAAGAGUGAGUAUAUGGAAUGAGUUUUUGUUG